AUGUCAGACCUGAGGUCACAACUUAAUCCACUCCUGCAAGCGCUGAAUACGGCACCUAUAUUCAGCAGUCUCAAGCCCUCGACUACAGCAGAUGGCCUAGCUGCAUUUCUGUUCCUUCUCGCGUCGCUUGGUUAUCUCUCUCGUGGUCGCAUUUGGGACAAACCGGAUCCAAACUACCAUGUGUAUUUUGAGAGACCGCAAGUCGCAGAGGGCUCUUCGGACGGAAAGGCAGUCACAACCCGGGACGUUUCCCAACGCCUCGAUGAGGGUGGUUAUCAUUGCGUCAUAUUCUGGGGCUCACAGUCCGGUACGUCGGAGCGCCUCGCCGAAAACCUAGGUCGAGAGUGCGCCGCACGCUUUGGUAUAAACUCUCUUGUGGCAGACCUAUCCGAUUACGACGCCGAAAGCAUUGCCAACAUCCAGAAGAAGUACUUCGCCAUCUUUAUCGUAAGCACGUACGGCGAAGGCGAUCCUAGCGACAACACUGCUGGUCUUUGGGAUUGGAUCAAGCGGGUCGGCGAAAACAAGAUUCGGCUUGGGAGCUUACGAUACCUGGCUUUCGGCCUCGGCAACAGUAACUACAAGUACUACAACAGGGUCCUCGACGUUGUUGCGGAUGCCUUCGACACUGCUGGCGCUACUGCGCUCAUCCCACGCCAGAGAGCCGACGAUGCCAACGGAGGAACAGAGGAAGACUACCAGGCAUGGAAAGAUGAUGUCUUCGCUCUGCUUACUCAGAUAGGUUUCCAGGAGAAGGCUGUUACUUACGAGUCCAACAUCGAAGUUGAUCUCACCGCCGUGAGUCAUGGUUCCGAAGAGCAUUCUGUUACUUCAGCACAUCAUCAACGAUCUGCCACCAACUCAGCCAUUGUCCCCUUGACCAUCAAGCACGCUCGUGAGCUGUUCACAUCGGGCGAUCGCAACUGCGUACAUCUGGAGGUAGACCUAGGGAAUAUGGAUAUCGUGUACAAGACCGGAGACCAUAUCGGCGUCUGGCCAGUUAAUCCUGAAGAGGAAGUCAGUCGACUGCUAGACGUCCUCAGUUUGCAAAACCGCAGGCGAGAGCGCCUUAUUGUCACACCCAAGAGUGAUGCCAACAAGCCGAAGAUACCAUGUCCCUCAACGCUUGAGACAGCUUUCCGGAACCAUCUGGAAAUUUGUGCUCCCAUGGCCCGUAAGGCAGUGCUGGAAGUCGCACAGUUUGCGCCCACACCUGAAGCCAAAUCGAAGCUUCUUGACAUCGCUCAGGAUCGUGAGCGUUACGAACGGUUCACAGCCUCUACACAUAUCACGUUCGCUAGGUUGCUCAAGCUUGUCAGCCCCGGGGUUGCGUGGAGCUCGAUACCGCUCGCCUUCGUUCUGGAGAACUUGCUACCAUUGCAGCCACGAUACUACUCCAUCUCUUCAAGCUCUGUGAUAUCACCACGGCGUAUCGCCAUCACCGCACUCGUCGUGAAUAAGACCAUCACAACUGUGGACCAGUCAACUGCCACUAUCCAUGGGCUGACAUCAAAUUACCUCUUGUCGGCCUCCAACCUCCAACCGGCUGCUAACACACCGGUACCCGUCUAUCAUCGCUCGGUCGAAAGUGGAGACCUCCAGGGUCAGGCAAUCCUCGCGCACGUCAGGAAGUCGAAGUUCAAACUUCCCAUCACGUCUUCGACUCAAUUAAUCAUGAUCAGCGCUGGUACUGGUUUCGCACCUUUUCGUGCUUUCCUCCAAGAGCGCGCAAAGUUGCAUGCAAUCGGUAAAUCGAUCGGCAAGAUGUUGUUGUUUUUCGGUUGUCGUAACCAGAAUGACUACAUCUACCAAGACGAGCUGGUAAAGCUGCAGGAACAGCUAGGCGAGAAACUAGAGAUCGUCACUGCGUUCUCACGAAUGCAGGGGCAACCCAAGAUAUACGUGCAGGACCGGGUUGCGGAGCUGGCUGGCAAGGUGCUGGAGAUGCUGGAGUCAGGAGCGAACAUGUACAUUUGCGGUAAGGCGAGCAUGGCACGAGAGGUAGAUAUGAAGCUCGAGGAAGCUGUCAUGGAGAAGAAAGGCUUGGCUGAGGUAGAUGUCAAGGCAUGGGCCGACGCGUUGAAAAAGCGAGGGAAAUGGAAGGCGGAUGUCUGGGGGUGA